CUCUUUUAAGUGACCUUGAACUCCGCAGAAACCUGGGAACGUGGGUUGGGGAAAGAUAUUUGACCACCGGGCUUAUUAUCUGUGUAAACUGUCCCAGAUUCAAAAUGUUUGCCAGUCGUCAGUUCGUCCGAUAUUUUUCGACCUCCAAGGCGUGGUACGAAAAAAUGAGGAUAGCUGUGAUUGGCCAGAGUUUGUUCGGGGCGGACGUUUAUCGUCUUCUACAGAAAGAUGGACACAACAUCGUCGGAGUGUUUACUGUGCCUGAUGUAAAUGGCAAGCCUGACCCCCUAGCGGCAGCAGCAGCUGACGAUGGAAUCCCGGUAUUUAAGUACAAGAGAUGGCAGGUGAAAAAGCAGGCAAUUCCUGAAAUACUUGACGAAUACAAAUCUGUGGGGGCAGAGCUCAAUGUUCUGCCAUUCUGCUCCCAGUUCAUCCCCAUGGAUGUCAUCAACUUCCCUAAGAAACAGAGCAUCAUUUAUCACCCUUCUCUGCUUCCGAGGCAUAGAGGUGCAUCGGCCAUUAACUGGACCCUGAUGCAGGGCGAUCCGUCCGCAGGUUUCUCCGUGUUCUGGGCUGAUGACGGACUAGAUACAGGGCCAAUUCUGCUUCAGAGGAAAACCUACGUGGAUCCUAAUGACACUGUCGACAGUAUCUACAACAGGUUUCUCUUCCCUGAAGGUGUCAAAGCCAUGGGAGAUGCUGUGAGAAUGAUUACACAUGGCACCGCCCCAAGUAUCGUCCAGAGUGAGGAGGGAGCCACAUAUGACGCCAUGCUAAACAAAAAAGCCUUAGUUGAGAUUAACAUGGACCAGUCAGCUUCAGCUAUCCACAACUUCAUCCGAGGCUGUGACAAGGUGCCUGGUGCCUGGACAACUAUAAACGAUCAGAAAGUGACCUUGUUUGGAUCGCGUCUUUGGAACCGGAUGGAACCCCUUGGGACCAAAGUGGAUGUGAAAGGGGCAGCACAGCAAGGUGUAGUCCACAAGUAUGGACUUGCACUCUAUGGCAACGAUGGCAAGAUGGUGAAUGUUACCCAGAUACAGUAUGAAAAUGGGAAAAUGAUACAGGCUUGUAAGUUUGGUAAGGAAGACCUCUCACAGGCCAAACUGGAGCUCUCUGCUGAGGAGGAGAAAAUGAUUUCAUCUCUUAAGUCUGUGUGGAACGGUAUUUUAAAUGUGGACAUUGAUGAAAGUACCGACUUCUUCAAGUCCGGAGCUGGCUCCAUGGACGUGGUGAGGUUAGUUGAGGAGGUGAAGGAGAAAUGUAACGGUACCACCCUCCAGACUGAGGAUGUAUACAUGAAUACCACGUUUGAGGAUUUCUCGAGCUGUGUCAUCCGACGGAGUAGAGGAAUUGAGGACAAGGAACCUUUCGUAUUUGAUGCUGUUAAGAUGAGAGUCAACAACAUGGAUGUCUCGUUUGCUCACCAGCUUUUUAUCGACAAUGAAUUUAUAGACUCUUCUGAUGGGAACACUUUCAAGACUGUCAAUCCAAACGACGAAUCUGUGAUAUGUGAGAUAGCCAAAGGAACCCCAACUGAUGUGAACCGUGCAGUGGAGGCAGCUAAGGCUGCAUUCUAUGAAGGAGAAUGGGGGAGAAUGAAUGCCAGAGACAGGGGAGCUCUUAUGUUCAAACUUGCUGAUUUGAUGGAACAACACCAGGAGGAGUUGGCGACGAUCGAGAGUAUUGACUCCGGUGCUGUUUACACAUUGGCACUGAAAACCCACGUGGGCAUGUCUAUUGCUACCUUCAGAUACUUCGCUGGCUGGUGUGACAAAAUUCAGGGAUUGACGAUUCCUAUCAAUAAUGCCCGGCCAAGCAAGAAUCUGACCUACACAAAACGAGAACCAAUCGGUGUUUGCGGUAUCGUGGUUCCAUGGAACUAUCCCCUCAUGAUGUUGGCUUGGAAGAUGGCGGCCUGUCUGGCCGCAGGAAACACAGUGGUCCUCAAACCAGCUCAAGUGACGCCUUUGACUGCCCUCAAGUUUGCCGAGCUUGUUGUAGAGGCUGGCUUUCCUCCAGGUGUCAUCAACAUCCUUCCUGGCCCAGGCUCAUCCAUUGGUCAGGCCAUGUCUGAACACCCAGAUAUCAGGAAACUAGGCUUCACUGGAUCAACCCCCAUCGGCAAGACUAUCAUGACAAGCUGUGGUAAAUCCAACCUGAAGAAGGUGUCACUGGAAUUAGGGGGCAAAUCUCCUCUCAUCAUCUUUAAGGACUGUGAUCUGGAUAAGGCCGUGAGAAUGGGAUGUGGAGCCGUGUUCUUCAACAAGGGAGAGAACUGUAUAGCUGCUGGUCGGCUGUUUGUGGAGGAGUCCAUCCACGAUGAGUUCGUACAAAGAGUGCUUGAUGAGAUUAAGAAAAUGAAGAUCGGUAAUCCUCUUGACCGAUCAGUUGACCAUGGGCCUCAGAAUCACCGCGCCCAUUUGGAGAAGCUGCUGGAAUACUGUGACACUGGUGUGAAGGAGGGUGCCACAUUGGUGACAGGAGGCAAACAAUGCGAUAUGCCAGGACUGUUUAUGGAGCCUACAGUUUUCACUGACGUCGAGGACCACAUGUUCAUCGCAGAGGAGGAGUCCUUUGGGCCCGUCAUGAUAAUCUCUAAAUUCCAGGACGGUGACAUUGACGGUGUGAUUCGUCGUGCCAAUGACACAGAGUUUGGACUUGCAUCUGGCGUCUUCACCAAGGAUAUCAACAAGGCCAUGCAUGUGGCAGACAGCAUCCAGGCCGGCACUGUGUUUGUUAACACCUACAACAAGACCGAUGUCGCUGCACCAUUCGGAGGAUUCAAACAAUCUGGAUUUGGAAAAGAUCUGGGCCAAGAAGCUCUUACAGAAUACCUGAAGACCAAGGCUGUGACAGUGGAAUAUGGCCAGUAACAAGGUGCGGCAGACAGAAAACAGAGAAGCAUUUUUGAAGCUGGGCAAACCAAAAUGAUCUCAGAUGGUGAGAGGAAAAGCUCUUUAAGAAUUCAAGCUUUUCAACGCAAAUGAUGUUUCUUUGGACAUCUUGGAAUCUUCUAUUGAACCGAUAAUGACUGAAUUCUUGAAGUACAUCUCCGGUCUUUAUCUUCAAACUAUAUUCAUGUACACAAGUACACUCGCGUCGAAACCUCUCGACAAUACAGAUGUUGAAACUGCUGGUAUUUUAGACAAUCUCCGAUCCUUCUAGUGCUGUAUGAGGAAUUCUAGUAUCUUUGAGUCCUAAUUAGGGAAGCUGAGGACUUUUAAGACAAGAAAUGAACAGACUAAUCACCAUUUAGACAUGGGAAUUAUAAAGUUGGUUGUGAUACGCAUGCUCAGGAUUAUUUCAGUAGUUCAAUGAGGAUCGUGGGGACAUUAAGUUGACCAGCAUAUAUAAUAUAUUUCUGUCACUCACACAGUUGUACCCGACUAUAAUAAUCACACAAAUUUUAUAAUUCAAUUCUCUGAUCACCAAAUUUAUCUGCUGUCGGAUAAUUCCAUCCUUUAGGAGUGAUUUUCGUAUCAUUCUGCUCAAAAGGAUCUUGGGAGGCAUUACUGUUGACUUAUCUCAAAUUGUAUAAUCUUUGGAUUGCGUGUUCUAAUGCAGUUGUUUACAUGCACAUAUAAAUAAUAUACUUUCAGUUUGUAUUUCCAUGUAAGACAUUUUUGGGCAUUUUAAUGUUAAUUAAUGUGUGUGAUCAGCUUGUUAUGUGGUGAUGACAUCAAAGCCAUUUUUUUAAGUGCCAAUCUGUGAAGAGGAAUUUUAUAUGAUUAUCCUCUGCCAUAACGUUGAUACGAUUUUAACAAAUUUAAUUUCAAUAAUGAUGUAAUUAACUGUAAAUGGUAUGUUAAUUAUUUGGUGUGAUAAUACAAUUGUUUGGUGUACAUUAUGUAUAGGACAAAGAAUUUUAUACAGUGUUAAUUUGACUAAUCAUGAUAUAUAAAGUGGAUUUCUACCCAUGUUUAAGAAGUGUUAAAUUUCAAAUCCUUAUUGACCGCAUCUGUCUACAUAUACUAUGUACCUGUGUAAUGCUGGAAUUCAGACAAAGGUAUUUCUCACUGUAUAAAAAACCCUUUCAUAUCAUAUUCUAGGGAUAUAUUUUCCUGUUAGCAAGUUUUUUGUAAUUUCUCAAAAUUUAUUUACCAUAACAUUUGAACCCUGAUGGUACUUAUACAUAUAAUUCCUCGUUCGUACUGUAGAUGUAACUGUAAACAAGAACAAGAUGAUUAUAAAAAUAAACAAAAUCCCAAGGCAUGUUUUUAAUAUACUUACAUGUAUGUAUUUUUUUUAUUCCAGAAAUGUACUUUUAAGUGAAAGUUUAAUUUUUCACCUGUAGUAUCCCACUCUGAUGAUUGUAACACAUACGAAAAGGGAAAAUACAUCAACGAUUUGUAAUACCUGGUGAAUUUAUCAUUGUUUAAGUUCUUUUUAAAUAAAAGUCUGAAGUUAUAA